AUGUUAUUCAGACGGAGAAGCAAAGACUCGUUGAUGAGUAAAGAAUCACUGGUUUCAAUCAAAAAGUCACGAAGCGCCAGAGACCUACUACUGAAACUAACAACCACACCAUCACAAUCCAAGAAGUCAUUAGAAAAGAAUGAGCUUGAAACCAGUCGACCAAAGCUAAAUUUGGAUUUAAAUAGACAGUAUCUGCUCUGCGAAGAACCAUUUACAUUAUUGACUCCAAGGGAUGAUGAGUUUCAAGGCCGAGAUCUCAUGACACCUAUUCGACAAAUGACUGAAACUCCUGAAACAUCACAAGCUCCACAACAACGGUGCUUGCGAACGCAUUCGGAACAAAGAGCAAAAGUGUUGUCCACUAUAAUUGAUUUUGAAAAUGAAUCUAUUGUCGAGAUGUACACCCCGAGGAAACCAGUUCACAUACAAAACUCUAUUCGUCUCGAUUCAGCUUGUGGAAUUUUGGAGAGGAUUAGUAUAGGGUAUGAUCGAGAUGCUCCAGAGGUUGACCAACAAGCUAGCGGUGAGGAGGAUAUUUAUUCAAAUAAUCAUUCAGUUGAGAUAGAUGGAGAUGACUUGACUUUCGAUGGAGUAUUCAGUACUUCAACUUCUUGUCAAAAUUCGCCAUCUAAAGACCCAUUUGACAGUGUUUCAUUAACUGAAACGGAUAUCCAGAUAUACAAAAGAACACACAGAAAAUCCAAGCAUAGUAGUCUUCAUUUUGUUCAAGGCGUUAUUGAUUCACCGACAAAACCACGAAGAACGCAGAUUGCACCACUAUCAACAACAACACCCCUACAAGCUGGACUUGUGGAGGAUUCUUAUGAUACCAAAGAUGCUGGUUUAUACCAAUUGGAAAUCAUGUUAUUGCAGGAGAAGCACAAAUACGAGAUGAAGCAACAACAAAGAGCUAUGAAACAUUUACAGCUGCAAUUAAAUCAACAACGUACCGAAAAUACACAGUUGCGAAACCGAUUAGCCCAAUUGGAGUACAACGGAAGCCUACUACCAGCUUUCAAAUGGGAUAAACCUGCUACAAGGAAUAAAGAUGUGAAAAGUCCCAAGGUCACUUUUAAAGACGAUGAUGAUGCUGGUUCUUUGGUCUCUGCUGAAGAGUCAAUUAUGAGCUUGUAUUAUGAUGAGAGAAAAGUAUCUGGCGCUUCGACAGUUGGUUCAUCGACUAAUAGCGUAAACCAGAAAGUAUGA